AUGUUAGCGGAGAAGUUUUUAGCGAAAAACCAAAAAGUUUUUUGUGCGUUCAUGGAAUUGGAAAAGGCUUAUGACAGAGUGGACAGGGAUAUGUUAUGGCAAACGCUGAACGUAUUUAUGUUGAGCGCUGGUUUGAUACAGGCAUUAAAGUCUCUGUAUAGGGACUCGAGUGCUUGUGUUAGAAUCAACGGGGUCUACUCGGACUGGUUUGGCAUCCAUAAAGGUGUCAGACAGGGCUGUGUAGCUUCCCCGUGGCUGUUCAAUCUAUUUAUGGACAGCUGUUUGGAAAAUUUGAAAGUUGAAGAAUGCGGGUUAAGAAUGGGUGAUUUAACCAUCAAAAUGCCUUUUGUACGCCGAUGA